AUGCAGAGUUGUUUUUGCAUCAACAGCACUUGGAAUGGGUGUCAACCUCCAAGGAAUACGCCACGUGAUACAUUAUGGUCCACUUGCCAAGUCGAUGACUUUGUCCAGGAAAUUGGAAGGGCAGGACGUGAUGGUAAACCGGCAAGAUCUUUAUUAUUAUUUCAUGGCCUUCACUUGAAGAAGUGUGAACCUAUCAUGAAGGAGUAUGCAAAAACUGAAAACAAAUGUUUGCGCAAGUUGUUGCUGAGCGAAUUUGAAGCCACAUCAAUGGACAGUAAAGAGGCACAUGACUGUUGUGUUGUUUGUCAUUCAAAAUGUCAAUGUGUUGGACAAGGGUGCCAAGUUGAUCUGCUUAAAGUAAUAACAGAGGAAGCCCCAAAAAAAUUAAAACAGAAGAAAACAAGAAAUGUUGACCCCACUCAAAAAGAAGAGUUAAGGGAACUCUUUGACGACUAUCAGGCAGAACUGAAAAAAUGGUGCCGUGGCAAAGUUUUGUCCUCUGAAAGCAAAACAGGAUUUUCAAAUUCACUGACCAACUCAGUUUUAAAAACUUGCAAGUACAUUUUUUCUGUAGAUGAUGUCAUUGAUCUAAACCCAGUGUUUUCAAAGCAUCAUGCCUAUGACAUCUUGCACAUGAUCAGGGAUGUUUUUGAAGAUUUUGAAGUGAAUGAACCAAGUGACUUGGAGAACCAAGAAUUUUUUCCUUAUGAUGCUGAUUUGGAAUAUGGAGGAAUUUAUGAAGAAUCGGGAAGCACCGGUGAGGAAGACUCUAUGGCUCCUGACAGCUCUGAGCUGUCAGGAGUUGUGGAGCUCGACUAA